CUGCUAUAAAAGCACAUUGCAAUCGGCUCAAUGGCAUCAGUACACCUUGAUUUCUUUCAACCUACAAAUCAAUAACUAAAUCAACAAAACUAAACAACAUGAAAUUCCUUUCGGUUGCUUUCCUGCUCGGUCUGUUGGCUUUGGCAAGUGCCACGCCUCUAAAUCCUGGCAAUGUGAUCAUCAAUGGGGAUUGCCGAGUCUGCAAUGUGCGUAGCAAGUGAGAUGCAGGUGGACUUCAACUAUAUUUUAACUAUACAAAAUACUACGCCAAUAUGUUCAUUAUCAACAAAAUAAUAUAUAUAAUAAUUUAGCUUUUGAUUGAUUAAAUAAUAAACAAGCAAUGUAAUUUAUACUGCAA